UUGAACAUGAACGAACGUGUCUAUGCGACGAGAGCUAUGACGAACUUUUAGACUUACGAUGUCUCGUUACUAUUAAUGACAUAUUGUAAUUAUUGUGAAGACAUAACUCAGUGUUGAUUUGAAAAAUGAUUUAUUUUUUUGUAUCCGUGGUAUUGAUUGCUGAUGGUGGUGGAGCUCAGACAAGUGAAGACAGCUGUGACCCUCAGGAGUUGAAGGUGUGCGUAGACGGAACUCCUCGUACUCCAGUUGGUCUGCCUCGGACCAGGGAGGAACUGGACAAACAUUGUCUUGCAUAUCAGACGGGCAUGUCAUGUAUGGACACGUGGAUCAAGAGAUGUCUACCGACGGACGGACAGAAGAUCGUUCAACAACAGAUCGGUGGAGCCCGGGCUCUGAUGAGAUAUUUAUGUACCAACGAUACUGCUCUACGGAGAGACUUCCUGAAGGAGCCCUCGUGCUGGUCGCUAGUGUCCUCGGAGUGGUCUCAAUGUGUGGAUGAACUGCAGCUGGCUGCGAGAGCCAUCUCCGAGCGUUCACAUCACAUAGUAUACUUCAACAAGAACAGUGAACUCUGCUGUGCUCGAGACGCGUUCAUGUCGUGCGUGAGUCGAGCCGGACGCGUGUGUUCGUCGUCGGCGGGUGAUCUACUGCGUCGUAUGUCGUGGGUGUUAGCUCAGGACGUGGCUGCGUGUAGUCAGCACCCUCGAGCACACUGUGCUGCUCCUCACACACAACGCAGACAACUCUCACUCAUCACAGCUCUAUCAGGACUGGUGCUCUUUCCGUACGGGUUCUGAUACGUUUUAGCAUAUUCUGCAAAUAUUAAUAAAUAGAAUGAUUUAAUCUUAAGUACUUUAUUAGUUUACUAUGACAAUAGAAAUUUGUUUAGUUAUAAUAAGUUAAUGUUUGUAUUAUUAUGUCAAUUAUUUUUAUUAUCGUAUUAAUAUGUAAAUCUCCAUAUAUGUUUCUUGUGCUCACAAUAGGAGUUGUAUAAAAAUAUUUUGCUUUACUUUUGAACGAUAAACGUUCUCAAUGCUGCUGAUUAAUUUCUAAAUUAAAAAUGUAUUAAAACUUCAUUAAAAUUAUAUAGUA